AAACAUAACUAACUACCACGAAAUGAUGUCGCAACUUCUGCCGACAACUUGUCGCAAAGGAUAAUUAGAGCACAAAUAAAAAUAAACAAUCAUUUGAUUACAAAUGAACUUACAGAGCACAGAGCGAGCAGUCAACAGUUAUCACGCGGACGUCCUGUUGGACCCAUAUCGUCUUUUUAUCGAAAGGAAACAGACGCCAUUUUGUUUUUUUAAACCGCGUUUUUCCCGCCGCCCCCACGGUCGUGUGCUAGAAUCAUAAUUUGCAAAUCUAGUGCCGGAGCGGUCCAAAUGGUGACUAGUGUUUUAUUUGGCGCCACUGAAGGAUAUAAGGUCUAUAUUUGACACGAAAACUUUCUGUGCUCUGUGUUAUGGUCCGGUGCGGGUACAAACCUCUGAAUAAAAAAUCCAAAGUGUCAAGCCUGGGCCGCCUGCACCCGUACGGCUCGGGCAGCGGCAGCGGGUCGAGCGGGCGCGCGCGCAGCGGCCGGUCCUCCCCCGCCCCCACCACCCCCACGUCCGCGUCGGCGUCCGACAACGCGUCCGACGCCACGCUCACGGACUCGGAGCUGCCGUUGGCGAGGGAUUCCACUCUUCUCGUGCAUAACGGUAAAAAACGCAUGCUGAGAUCCACCUACGACCGGUCAGACCACGAACGUUGUCUGUUAGAAGGAGGACGCGCGCCGCCGGAUGUGCCCCCCCGCAACCCGACCAUGUCUCGGCUGAACGGCCGCAUCGUCGGCAACCCGGCGGACCUGGCCGACUUCGAGCCCUCCUGCCUCGUGCGGACGCCCUCCGGCAACUUCUAUGUGCCUUCAGGGGACAUCCAAAAGAAUCCGUCUAUGGACUACAAGUCCAACUCGUCGUGUAGCAGUCCGGGGAAGCAGGACAAGAGUACCCUGGAGAGGAUGGACAGAAACGAGCGCGGGCACCCAGCCUUCGGUGUCCCGGUGCCCGUGCUGCCCGUGAGGAACAACCUCCGCGCCUCACACUUCACCCCCGCAGGCUCCCGGUUCCACUUUAGGAAAGGCCUCUCGUCGAGGUGUUCCUGGAAGUGUACCGCUAUAGUGUUCAUAAUCCUCUUCGUUGUCCUUUUAGCCAUCUCCUCUUAUAUGUCAGCCUCAUACUUCGUCAACUGGUCAUAUCAAAAUGCGAAAGCAUGUACAGUACUAGUUGGCGAGUCUACCGAGGUAUUUCCAGCGUCGAAAGCCACGACGCUGGAGUCAGCCAACAAGUCUAUAGCCACGAGGCCGCACCAGAACUCGGCGGCAUCAGGCUCAGGUAACGACGGGAAGCCGCACUCUCGCCCACGUAGAGACGUAGAUGGGCAUGCUUCUUCUUCUUCUUCUCCUCCUACUACUGCUCCUCCUAGUUCUGACACCACCUCUGUAGAUAUGCAUGAGCUAAUCACUACGCCUUCUGUGAACACUUUUAGUUUAGUGCAUGGUGUGACCUCGUCUACACCUGGGGAGCUUCCGGAGACCACUGACGAAGAUACAGUCGAUGCUAAUGCUUUGGUGUCUAAUGAAGUCGGUGAUUCUAUUAACAUUGGUGGUACUAAUAUGGAAACAUCAUCAUCGUCAUCGCAUAACAUUCGUAAAGAGACUACUACGGUUUCAUCAAGUACUCUAACUGAUAGUGUAAAUAUUACGGAAACUACAACACUAACUACUGAAUCCACUACUGUUCAGACUACCACACCAGAACAAACUACUGUUUUAACAACUGUAAAGCUUGAUGAAAGUAAUUCAACAAUAACAAGUAAGAACUAUGGAUCACAAUUGGAAGCUGUGGACACCAAGAUUGAUAACCCUCCAGAAAUUAAUUCUGAAAAUAAAAGAGACGAAAUGAGCUCUAACGAUAAAAUUGCUUAUGAUCCGGCAGAUAUGCAAGGUGACUCAUUUCCAAAUUUUUAUACAUAUGGUGUUCAAAAACUUCAAUAUGCAAAGUUAUUAACAAGAUUCAAAGCUGUUAACGAGAUAUUACACAUUUUCCCAAAUGAAUCGUCUACCUCUGAAAAGGAACUAGAAAAGCUUCAUUAUGACAGUGAGCCAGUUCUACAAAAAGUUGAAACAACAAUAACACCUACUACUAUAACAAGUUCACCUUCCACCGUGAGAGAAAUAACAACAAAGACAGUGAAGCCUGUGGAAGAAACAGGUGCACCAUUCACAACCAAUAAGCUUUUUACACCAACGUCGCAUGAUGUGUUUAUUUCUACCACACCGAGUGCUACUAAUAUUAACAAUGAUAGUAAAACUACAACUGAUCCCGUCAAAUACGAUGAAAGGACAACUGAAGACGUAACUAUUGAAACAAAAUCUUCAGAUUUACCUACUAACCCUAAACACGUUUUGAUUAAUUUGACUAUAUCAGCUGAUGGUGCUGAAAAUUCAGCUUAUAAACCACUGUAUUCGUUAACAGUGACAGUUCCUACCGAAGGAGAUAUGAGGGAAGUGCCAACUGUUAGAAUUACUCCUAUAGAUGUGGAACCAACGCAACCAACCAACUUUAAUAAGCCAUUAGUCGUGGAAAAUAACACACCGAAACCAUUCAAAGAUACUGAUGAAGAAUGGGGAGGCACCUGUGAAUGUUCCUGUCCCUCUUGCGAUGAAACAAGCUCUCCGGAUGAUGCUUAUGAUGAUUACCUCGACAAUUCUUCAUCGAAGCCUUCGACAUCUUCAGAUGUCACUGAUACUUAUAACGAAACGGGUACAUCAAAUUAUUACACUGAUGAUACUACAGAAAUAAGUAGUACUGAAUCAACUUCAGAAAGUUUUGGCACAACUGAUGAAAUCUCUACCCAAACCGAUUUGAUUGAUUCCACUACUGACUUUACAACUGAAACAGAAGGUGAUAUGUUGACAACCGAACCAAUACCAAAAUGCGUUUGUCCAAAGAUUGUGCCUCCACCCAUUCUCAUAUUGGAAGAUGCGCGCACAUUCCCAGCGCAGUCGUUCCCUCCCGACGGAACGACGUUCAAGCAAAUUACUUUAGGUGAAAAAUUAUCAAAAGAAAUCCCUCCAUAUAGUUACUGGAACAUGCAGUUCUAUCAGUCAGAGGCUUCGUACGUGAAGUUCGACUACUUGAUCCCCCGAGGGGCAUCGAUAGGAGUCUACGCGAGGCGGAAUGCCCUGCCGACACACACGCAAUACCACUUCUUAGAAGUCCUUAGCGGGUUCAAAGCGAGGACUACAAGAGCAUCACACCCAUCCGUAAAGAAAGACGUGACCCACUACAUGGAGCAGGGCCAUUGGUUCCUGUCCCUCUACAACGACGAUGGCGACCCACAAGAGAUAUCGUUCAUCGCGGUAGUGGCAGACGACAUGACGCAUAACUGUCCCAACGGAUGCUCGGCGAAGGGCGAAUGCUUGAUGGGCCACUGCCAAUGUCAACCCGGCUUUGGUGGCGACGACUGCAGUGAAAGUGUAUGUCCAGUACUAUGCAGUCAACGAGGUGAAUACAUCAACGGAGAAUGUCAAUGCAACCCUGGAUGGAAGGGCAAGGAGUGUUCGCUUCGACACGACGAGUGUGAGGUCCCUGACUGCAACGGUCACGGCCACUGCGUCAACGGAAAGUGUUCUUGUGUCCGAGGUUACAAAGGCAAAUUCUGCGCUGACGUCGACUGUCCACAUCCAACUUGUUCCGGCCACGGGUUCUGCAUCGAAGGAGCUUGCGUCUGCAAGAAAGGAUGGAAAGGCCUCGAUUGCGCAACUAUGGACAAAGAUGCCCUGCAAUGCUUACCUGACUGCUCAGGCCACGGCACUUUCGAUGUUGAUACUCAAACCUGCACUUGUCACGCUCGAUGGUCCGGCGAUGAUUGUUCUAAGGAGGUAUGCGACCUGGACUGCGGUCCUCACGGGCGUUGCGUGGGCGAGUCGUGUAUGUGCGACCCUGGCUGGACCGGGGAAUACUGCACUUCGAAACUCUGCGACGUCCGCUGUAGCGACCACGGACAAUGCAAGAACGGCACCUGUCUCUGCGUGUCCGGAUGGAAUGGACGCCAUUGUACCCUCGAGGGUUGCCCCAGAGGGUGCGCCGGGCACGGGCAAUGCCGCGUGGCCAACGACGGACACUGGGAGUGCAAGUGCUUCGACGGCUGGGACGGACCUGACUGCACCACUCUCAAGGAGCAGAUUUGCGAUGAUUCUAAGGAUAACGAUAAAGAUGGUUUGGUCGACUGUGAGGACCCAGAGUGCUGUCAGAGCGCGGCGUGCAAGGGCAGUCAGCUGUGUGUAUCUGCACCGAAGCCCACAGACAUCCUGCUGAGGAAGCAGCCGCCAGCGAUCACCGCAUCCUUCUUUGAAAGAAUGAAGUUCCUCAUCGACGAAGGUAGUCUACAGAACUACGCCAAACAGGAGACCUUUAAUGAAAGUAUGUUUUGGAACCACUUCAAUACGAGCCGCUCAGCCGUGAUCCGUGGUCGAGUUGUGACGUCACUUGGAUCAGGAUUGGUUGGAGCCAGGGUGUCUACAUCCACUCCUCUAGAAGGCUUCACCCUCACUCGGGACGACGGCUGGUUCGACCUGCUAGUCAACGGCGGAGGGGCCGUCACCUUACACUUCGGAAGAUCACCCUUUAGACACACUUCGCAAGUUGUUUUCGUGCCGUGGAAUGAGGUGGUAAUAAUAGACGAGGUGGUGAUGACAACAGCUGACGACAAGGCCAACAUGGGUCCCCCGCAGGCGUGUCUCGCCCAUGACUACGACGCCAUGAAGCCCGUGGUGCUGGCCACGUGGAAACACGGCUUCCAGGGCGCUUGUCCAGACAAGAGCGCCAUCUUGGCUGAGUCACAGGUGGUCCAAGAAAGUCUGCAAAUACCAGGAACCGGUUUGAAUCUGGUCUACCACAGCUCCCGAGCCGCCGGCUAUUUGUCCACCAUUCAACUACAAUUGACUCCUGAAAAGGUCCCACCAACCUUAGCCCUCAUCCACCUGAGAAUCACCAUUGAAGGAAUCCUCUUUGAGAAGACGUUUGAGGCUGACCCAGUGAUCAAAUUCACAUACCCAUGGAACAGGCUGAAUGUCUACAGGCAAAGGGUAUAUGGAGUGACCACAGCUCUAGUCAAAGUGGGCUAUCAGUAUACGGACUGUAAAGACAUCAUCUGGAAUGUUCAGACGACCAAAUUGAGCGGCCACGACAUGAGCAUAUCUGACGUUGGGGGCUGGAACUUGGACAUCCAUCACAGAUACAACUUCCACGAAGGCAUUCUCCAAAAAGGCGACGGCACGAAUAUCUACCUAAAGCACAAGCCGCGCCUCAUCAUCACAACUAUGGGUGAUGGCAGACAGCGAGGCCUGGACUGCGGGACUGAGUGCGAAGGGGUCGCCACGAAGCAGAGGCUGCUCGCCCCCGUGGCGCUCGCGGCCGCCCCUGACGGCUCGAUCUUUGUGGGAGACUUCAACCUCGUGAGGAAGAUCAAGACGGAUGGGACUGUGCGGACGGUGGUCAAAUUAAAUGCCACCCGAGUCUCCUACCGCUACCACAUGUCUCUCUCCCCAUUGGACGGCACUCUUUACAUAUCGGACCCCGAGUCUCAUCAGAUCAUCAAAGUGCGGGACACAGAGGACUACAGCGACCCCGAACACAACUGGGAAACCGUCGUGGGCUCCGGGGAGAGAUGUCUGCCGGGUGAUGAAGCGCAUUGUGGUGACGGGGCUUUAGCCAGAGAUGCCAAACUAGCUUACCCUAAAGGCGUUGCAGUCUCUACCGAUAAUGUCCUGUACUUUGCUGACGGAACGAACAUCAGAAUGGUGGACAGGGACGGAAUAAUCACAACAGUCAUCGGCAACCAUAUGCACAGAGCUCACUGGAAACCCAUUCCUUGCGAAGGAACUCUUAGUGUGGAAGAAGUGCACUUGAGAUGGCCGACGGAACUCGCGAUCAAUCCUUUGGACAACAGCCUGCACAUCAUUGAUGAUCACAUGAUCUUGCAAAUGGCCCCAGAUGGUAGAGUGAAGGUGAUUGCUGGAAGACCACUUCAUUGUCCUUCACCGCUGACUGGAUACGACAUGGAACUCGCAACCUAUGCCACUUUGGUGAUGCCACAAAGCAUUGCUUUUGGAGCAGCUGGUGACUUAUAUGUUGCUGAAAGUGACUCUCAAAGAAUCAACCGCGUUCGUCUUAUUACUACCGACGGAAAGAUUUCCCUGUAUGCUGGCGCCGAGUCCAAGUGUAACUGUCUGGAACGAGGAUGCGAUUGCUUUGAAGCUGACCACUUCUUGGCUUCAAACUCCAAAUUCAACACCAUAUCGGCAGUCACUGUAAGCCCUGAUGGCAUUAUGCACAUCGCAGACCAAGCUAAUUACAGAAUCAGAUCAGUCAUGGCCAGCAUUCCGGACGCCAGUGGUGCUAGAGAAUAUGAGAUCUACUCACCAGACACGCAAGAAACUUACAUCUUCAACCGAUUUGGCCAACAUGUUAUGACUAAGAACAUUCUUACCGGUGAAACCAACUACGUCUUCACCUACAAUGUAAACACCAGCAACGGUAAGCUCAGUACAGUGACAGACGCCGCAGGCAAUAAAGUAUUCUUACUUCGUGACUAUUCCAGCCAAGUGAACUCUAUAGAAAACACCAAGGGUCAGAAGUGUAGAUUGAAAAUGUCAAGGAUGAAGAUGCUGCAAGAGCUGAGAACACCUGAUAAUUUCAACGUCACAUUCGACUACCACGGAACGACUGGCCUACUCAAGGCGAAGUAUGACAGCACUGGUCGCAGCUACAUCUAUAAGUACGAUGAGUUUGGCCGGCUUACAUCAGCUGUUACCCCAACAGGUAGAAUCAUCAACCUGACAUUUGAUCUCAGCCUCAAAGGUGCCACCGUUCUUGUAAGUGAGAACAACAGGAAACCCAUUUCAAUUCUAAUCAAAGGAUCUUCAGUCAACACUAAAAUUGGUGAAGCAGAAAAGAAAACGAUUAUAUCAACUGACGGAAGCAUUGCUUCCAAUAUGCCAUGGGGACAUGUGAUUUCCACUGACACAGUUCCGUAUACCAUCCUGUCUGAAAUAGAUCCUAUUCUUGGAGAAAGCUACCCUGUGCCAGCUAAACAAAGAACUGAAGUUGGCGGUGACCUGGCCAAUAGAUUCGAAUGGCGUUACUUCUUGAGGAGACUACAAGCCAACAAAGGAAAGAGCAAAGCUGUGGCUCAGAUCGGUCGCAAACUACGGGUCAAUGGCGAGAACUUACUAACGCUAGAAUACGAUAGAGACUCAUCGACGGUGGCCGUAUUUAUGGACGACAAAGUGGAACUUCUGAAUGUUACUUAUGAUAGAACUGCCAGGCCCGUCAAAUGGGGUCCAAGGAAUGGAAUCUUUGCCGAGGUUGAACUGGAGUAUGAUCGCUUCAGCCGCCUGACCAGCUGGCGCUGGGGAGAACUCAACGAGACAUAUGGAUUCGAUAGAGCAGGACGCCUUCAUGAAAUUAAAUACGGAGAUGGGUCAUCUCUUGCAUACUCUUUCCGUGACAUGUUCACUAGUCUACCAUUGAAGGUGACUACACCAAGAGGCAGCGACUACCUAUUAGAUUACGAUGAUUCAGGAGCUCUCCAAAACCUGACGACCCCAAGAGGCCACAUCCAUACAUUUGCGCUAAUGACCUCACUUGGCUACUUCAAGUAUCAGUACUUCUCACCGAUGAACAGGCAUCCUUACGAAAUUCUAUACAAUGACGAUGGCCACAUUCUUGCCAAGAUUUUCCCGCAUCAAUCUGGAAAGAUCCUCUACGUGUAUGACAGUACUGGCAAGCUGGAAACUAUUCUGGCUGGAGCUUCUGCCAUCAGAUACGUCUACCACGACAACUCGCAACUUGUUAAGAAUGUUGAGAUCACAGAUCCUGAUUACGAACUCAAGCAGGAUUACAAAUACCACGCAGGAAUCCUUAAGGAUGAAAAGAUGAAGUUCAACUCCAAGAGCGGAUUGAACAACGCCCAUUUCAAAUACCAAUACGAUGGCAACGCCAGGCUUUCUACUAUUGAUGUCAACAUAAAUAGCAAGGAAAUGCCACAACUUAGACUGAAAUACAACCAGAACCUGGGUAUCCUCGAGGGCGUCAGUGACCUGAGGAUCUACAGAAACACAUUUAACAGAUCUGUAAUGCAAGACACCAGCAAACAGUACUUUACAAUAACCGACUAUGACGACCACGGCAGAACGAAAACCAUCCUGAUGAAUAUCAAGUCAUUCGACGUCUUCCGAUUGGAGCUGGAAUACGAUGCGAGAAACCGAAUUAAGUCGAAGAAGAUGAUGAUUGGUGACACGUCAUCCAACGAACGAAUCAGUUACAACUACGACGGACAUCUGAUGGAGGUGGUCGGGUCUGAGGACGACUGGAAGUACAACUAUGAUGAGAACGGCAACAUCAUCGGAGUCAUCGAGCGUGGAGACAAGCGCUACCUGGGCUACGAUAUUGGCGAUCGUGUUGUACACUACGGCGACAUAGAACUCUGCAGUUAUGACGGGCGAGGAUUCGUCAUAAGGCGAGGUGAACAGAAGUACAGAUACAACUCACGAGGCCAGUUCGUACACGCGUUUGAAAGGGAAAAGUUCCAAAUGUGGUACUACUAUGAUGACAGGAAUCGCUUGGUGGCCUGGAAGGAUGACAAGAGCAAUGUCACGCAGUUCUUCUACGCGAACCCUCAAACUCCGAACCUCAUCACCCACAUGCACUUCCCCAAGCUCGAGAAGACUGUCAGGUUGCACUACGACCAGCGUGACUUCUUAACAUGUAUAGAAACUGAAGAACAGAGGUUCUACGUCGCAACAGACCACAACGGCUCCCCACUGGUGGUAUUUGACGUCAACGGAGAAAUCAUCAAGGAAAUCAAGCGCAGUCCGUUUGGUAAAAUCAUUAAGGAUACCAACCCUGGAUUCUACGUCCCAGUAGACUUCCAUGGAGGUAUUUUUGACCCGAACACUAACCUGUUGUAUUUGGAGAACCGUCUGUACGACCCAGUGGUCGGACAAUGGAUGACCCCGAGCUGGGAGCAUUUGGCCACGAAACUAAGUCUUCCGACCGACAUCUUCAUUUAUAGGUUCAAGAACAACGAUCCUAUCAAUAGGAACCAGAAUGUUCCCUACAUGACGAACCUGGCGAGUUGGCUGCAACUGUACGGAUACGACCUGACCAAGAUGAUGGGAUCCAAGUACAUCACUGACAUGAUAUUCCAGCCGAUGGGCUCGGUCACUGCGCCUAUGCUGGUCCCUGACUUUGGCGUCAUGUCUGGCCUCCAAUGCAUCAUUGAAAAGGUCAACGAUCAGCUAUCGAACAUCGACUUUGUGCCCACGCCGCUUUUGAAGAUGGAACCCAUAACUCGAAACCUCCUUCCGCGAGUUUCCUACAAGCGAGGAGUCUUCGGCGAAGGAGUCCUCAUAUCGCGAGUGGACGGAAAAGCUUACAUCAGCGUAGCAGAUGGAGCUAACAGCGUCGUCGAAGAUGUUAUCACUACCGUCUUCAACAACUCUUACUUCCUAGACGUCCACUUUAGCAUCCAUGACCAGGAUGUCUUCUACUUCGUCAAGGACAACUCGCUGAAGAUCAGAGACGACAUGGAGGAGCUCAGACGGUUGUCCGGGAAGUUCAACGUUUCCCAGGACGAGACCAAUGAUCAGGGAUUGGAGGUUCGCGUGCACGCCGUCGGCAAGGGCUCCGCGCAAGCCGUCAUAGUCCUCCGCUACGGAGUGGACCCGGCUCAGGAGCGCAUAAAACUACUGAAGCAUGCGCACAAACGGGCGGCCGCGCGAGCGUGGGAGAGAGAGAAGGCACUAGUGGCCGCCGGCUGGGAGGGAAGAGGCUCCUGGACCGAGGAGGAAAAGGAGGAACUGAUUUCUCACGGCAUCGUCGACGGCUGGGCCGCUAAGGAUGUCCAUUCUGUCUCCAAGUAUCCGCAGCUGGCUGACGACCCGGCUAAUAUAGUGUUUGUUCGAGAUAGUAGGAGAAAGAGAAGAAAGAGCGGCCGCGCGCGGCACCGCUCGUGAUUCCACUGAACGUGCCAUAACCGUGCCGCCCCACGGUGGGCGCCAACCGGCGUCCACAACCCGGCAGGACUCGGGCCUUAGUUUGUACUGUUUUUUAUAUAGGACUGAAAAGUAUUUUCGAUGGUCUGUCUGAAAUUCUCGAUUGAUUGUGAAUCUUUGAAACUCUUGUGAUCUGAAUUGGACAUAAAUGUGUUUUCGUGUUAGGGUGUUAGUCGGUUUUGUUUCGCGAUGGAGUAUCUCUUCUUUAGCGCUCGUAAAAAGACUUAAGGAACUGUCUACCAUGCAUUUAAUUUAGAGUUGAUAGUAACUUUAGUAUUUUAUCAGCUUUUUGUACUUAGGCACAGCGGUCGUUCUUCUCAUAUUAAUCCAUUUGGACUGAAAACGGAAUCUCACAAAGUUAUCAAACGACAGGGUAACGAGUCAUAAACAAACAUGAAAUUAAUAAUGAAAUAAAUAACCCCAGCAUAAUACUUAGAUACCUACGAAACUAUAAUACUCAAUACGAUCACAAUAUUUUAAUUAUUAUUGUUUAUACUUUUAAAAUCAUGUUAUACCUAUUUUUAUCCUUUACACAUCACGUAGUAAUAAAAUAUAAUUUUUCACGACUAUUUGUAUAAUCCUACUAUCAUUAGCCAAAUAUUUUGUUCUAUGGAUACCUUUAGAUACCUUAUAUGUAAAUAAUAUUUUAUUCUUGUAGUUGUUCCUUUGUAAUAUUAGACCUUAGGUAUUUUUACUUCGCAAUACUUAUACUAUUAAGCAAUAAUUUUAUAUAAAAAAACCUUAAUUUUGCAUUUUGACUAUGCAUUUGAUAUUGCAAAUCAAAUGAUUUUGUAAAACUUUUUAUCGCUGACAUUACGUUUUAGAACCUUAUCAUAAUAACAUUGGUUUCUCAGAAGUAUCCCAUUAUUCCAACCAUUAACGGCACUACCAAUAACGGUUCGGAGCGACAGAGUCCUAAGGUAGCCUAAUCCCUAUAAAGUUGUAGCUGGCCUCUAAAGUAAUAGACAAAUAAUAAAAAUACCUAAGUAAAUACCUAAUUAAACUAAACUAAAAACGUUAAUACACACUUUCUGCAUGUGUUGUGCAAUAAUGGAAGAGUAGGUUUAUUCUGAAUAGAACCUCUUCUGGCUGAUUUGCAAUUGUUUCGGCAACUUUCUUUGCCAUACGUAGGUUUAAACGUCGUGUACUUUUUUCUUUUUAAAAUCCUUCAACUUUUUUACUCAUGUCGGCCUAAUAGCAAGUCAGCUAGAAGCGAAAAUAUAAAUUUGUAAUUGUAGAUUUAUAAUAGUAUAUGUCCAUACAUGUGUCUCAUUUAAAUUUGUGGUGUCUAAAUAUGUGUUAGAAGUACUAAAGUGGUUUUUUAUUUACUUCAAAAACAUGACUUAAAAAUACAUAAUAACGUGAUUUUCUGUACGCUUGAAGGUUGUGUUUUUGUGGUAAAAUUUAAAAGCAGUAAUUUUAUGCUAGUGACUGAAUGGCAGGCGAUGAGCAUGAUAUUUUUUACAAAAUUAUAGAAGAUGAAGUGAAAAAAUAUUACACAGGCCGUAAUCCUCGGCCUGCACUAAAGUGAUAUUUUUGCAAAAUGUGACUAAACGAAGCAAUACUUUGUAAUGUAAUACGUCUUAUCUUUGAUUUAGUAAUAUAUUUAAGGUGUAAUUUAAUUUAAUAAUUGAUAUAUUAUCUAUUGUGAAUGUAGUUAUUGAUUUCGCGGUGAUAUUUAUAGAGCAGUAUAGUUAUCUUUUUUAUAAUGUAUAAAGAAUUCUAAUUUGUAAAUAGGUACUUAAAAGUUGAGGAUGUAAUCUGUAAAAAUAUUGUACAUAUCUUUACGCUUGAAUUAUUUAUAAUGUAACCGUAAGUAUUAGAAUACGUAACGUGUAAAAUAUUCUGUAAUUCUAGGAGGGAAGAGUCUCGUUGGUAGAUCGAUAAUGCUGUUCUUUGAGCCUAUUUCUUCACUAUCUAUCAACUUCUUUACUUGGCAGUAUAAUCGAUCUAAACCAAAGAGGUCGCAUUACCAUAGAGUACGGCCAUUUCACUUAAAUACCAUAGACAAUUCAGCUUUUAGAACAGAUUUUAGACCAUAGACUAAAGAGUCUAGUGCCUCUAGUGAGAGAAACUGUGACUCCUUAUUCUAAGCUUUAGAUAAAAGCUUAACUAAAUACUGAUUUCAAUUCACAAAAGGCAUUUACAAUUUAGAACGGAAUUCCUCGUGCAACAUUUCAUUUGUACUAUUACUGUAGAUAUGGUGCGUAGUUAGACCCCAUUAUAGCCAACCCUCAUAUCUGUGACGUCACGCUAACAACUGUCUCUUUCAUUCACCUUGCGAGUGAACGAAACAGCAAGCGUAUAGCCACAGCUGUGCGGGCGAAGCAUUCGAAUACCUACUCUAUGUGUAUAGAGAUAGAGUAAACAGUCAUACUCCGGUAGAUUGGGGUACAAGCGUGCGACUGAAAGGGAUGUAAGAAUGUACAAUAAUAAAUAUAGAAAGUAUUCUAAUGGAAUAUGUAAUAAAAUACUAAAAUAUA